AUGGAUCUGUCACCCCGCAACCGGCCGCUGCUAGACUCCUCGUCGCUGGACAGCGGCUCGCUGACCUCGCUGGACUCCAGCGUAUUCUGCAGCGAGGGCGAAGGGGAACCCUUGGCUCUGGGGGACUGCCUCACGGUCAACGUGGGCGGCAGCCGCUUCGUGCUCCAGCAGCAGGCUCUGUCCUGCUUCCCGCACACGCGGCUGGGCAAGCUGGCCGUGGUGGUGGCCUCCUACCGCCGCCUAGGAGCCCUGGCUGCGGCUCCCAGCCCCCUGGAGCUUUGUGAUGAUGCCAACCCGGUGGACAACGAGUACUUCUUCGACCGCAGCUCCCAGGCAUUCCGCUAUGUCCUGCACUACUACCGCACUGGUCGCCUGCAUGUCAUGGAGCAGCUGUGCGCGCUCUCCUUUCUUCAGGAGAUCCAGUAUUGGGGCAUCGACGAACUCAGCAUCGACUCCUGCUGCAGGGACAGAUACUUCAGGAGAAAGGAGCUGAGUGAAACACUUGACUUUAAGAAGGACACAGAUGACCAGGAGAGCCAACAUGAGAGUGAGCAGGACUUCUCACAAGGACCUUGUCCCACUGUCCGCCAAAAGCUCUGGGAUAUCCUAGAGAAACCUGGGUCUUCCACAGCAGCCAGGAUCUUCGGAGUAAUCUCCAUCAUUUUUGUGGCAGUGUCCAUCGUCAACAUGGCCCUGAUGUCAGCUGAGCUAAGUUGGCUCAACCUACAGCUGCUGGAGAUCUUGGAAUAUGUGUGUAUAAGCUGGUUCACCGGGGAAUUCCUCCUGCGCUUCCUGUGUGUGAAGGACAGGUGCCGCUUCCUGAGGAAGGUGCCAAACAUCAUAGACCUCCUUGCUAUCUUGCCCUUCUACAUAACUCUUCUGGUGGAAAGUCUGAGUGGCAGCCACACCACACAGGAGCUGGAAAAUGUAGGGCGCUUGGUCCAGGUUUUGAGGCUUCUCAGGGCUCUGCGCAUGCUAAAACUGGGAAGGCAUUCUACAGGAUUGCGUUCACUCGGGAUGACAAUCACCCAGUGCUAUGAAGAAGUUGGCCUACUGCUCCUGUUUCUAUCUGUGGGGAUUUCUAUAUUUUCUACAAUAGAAUACUUUGCAGAGCAAAGCAUUCCUGACACAACCUUCACAAGUGUUCCUUGUGCAUGGUGGUGGGCCACAACAUCAAUGACUACAGUAGGAUAUGGGGACAUUAGACCAGACACCACCACAGGCAAAAUCGUGGCCUUCAUGUGUAUCCUAUCAGGAAUCCUUGUCUUGGCCUUGCCUAUUGCCAUUAUUAAUGAUCGUUUCUCUGCUUGCUACUUCACCUUGAAACUCAAGGAAGCAGCCGUGAGACAGCGUGAAGCUCUCAAGAAGCUUACCAAGAACAUUGCCACUGACUCCUAUAUCAGUGUUAACUUGAGAGAUGUCUAUGCCCGGAGCAUCAUGGAGAUGCUUCGAUUAAAGGGCAGGGAAAGAGCAAGUACUAGAAGCAGUGGUGGAGAUGAUUUUUGGUUUUAA